AUGUCCGAGCCCUGCUUCAUCUACCUCGUCCCCGAUCUAGUUCUAUGCCAGAUAUCUCUUCUUCUCUCCUGGGCCGACCUCCACCGAUUUGCGGCGUGCUCAGCUCGGAUAAGAGACCGAGUCGAGGCAGUGAACGUAACGUUCCGAGCGGAUCGCCAGCUUCGCGAGCAACUGCACAUAAACUUGGCGAUUAGGCGGAUGAAUGACCCGCCUCAGGAGGACCCACUGCUGAAAUACCGCCGGUUUGUCGAGAAACAGUAUACAUACUUCGACUUUCGGCGCACGUUCUUUUCGUCACACCGGGCGUAUUUCAGGGACGAGGCAAUCCGGUAUGGGGGACCCUUUGACGCAUGGUGUGCAGCAAUUGUUGCGAUAUUGGCAGGAGGUGCGGCGGCCGCGGAGUUUCCUUCAGGAUGGAUUGGACUUUACCGCCAGUUUGGUUUUGUAAAUGACGAUGAGUCGCGGAGUGCAAAAGUAGUCUCAAUUCCUACUCCUUGUGGGGACGUUGUUUUUGGGCUCAAAAGCGAGACCUACGGACGAACGCUCGAAGGUGGCGUGUACGAGGGAAAGCUACAGCUUUCCGCCGCAGUCAACGGUUGCGAUCCAGUCGUCGUUCACCGUUGGAACAAAGAGAGCAGGGAUUCCACACCAUAUCAGCGGAAUUAUCUGAACGCCCUCUCGGCGGUUAUCGGCGUGCCAGAAAACAUUCUCGAGGGGUGGCUGCAAGUCGCAUUUGAAAGCGAGGAGGCGUGGAGAGUCACGUCGGCAUAUAAGAGCCAUGAACUCGAUUCUGAGGAGGAUGGGGCCUCAUCCGCUAAAGACCAAACAUACUUGUCUGCCGAGCUGAAGGUGCUCCAAGAUUCCACAGCAGCAUCAGAAGCCCUUCUGCACCGCAUCGAGCUCUUACGUCACGCCGAUCGCCACCACACUUAUGAUCCGUGGACACCAGUACUGAGGAUAAUGCACAAUGCGCGAUCCCACCGCAGGUUGGAGAAACGCUUCCCGACCGUCUACUUUAAGGCGUGCAGUGAGUACGACGUCUUGCCUGUCUUGGAUGAUCAGCCUGGCUUUGGUCUCGCUUGGGCGGCUGAUCACAUUCGCUUCAAUGAGUGUGUCCCAUCUGAUAUAUUCUACGAAGCACCUCGCCACCAUUGCCCUCCGGUACAUCUUAGAUUUUAUGUUAGAGGUCCGGUAUCGGGCAAUGCAGGGCAUGCAGCUCGGCUCGCCUUCGUGUUCUCGGCGCUAGCAUGCGCGAACUCGUACGAUUGUCAGCUGAGCAUUUCCACUUUGGAAGCGAGCGACUCGGACAGUACAUGUCUUCUGGCCUACGCCGUGCAUGGGUUCUCUGGCUUCGAAUGGUGCAAACCUUUCCAUUAUCUGUCACGACGGGAAAUGAGGAUGUGGUUAUCCACGGGCAGCCACAAUGGGAAGGGGCCGGACAGGGUCUGGAAGACGCUUGGCACGGAGGAACGAUGGAACGCGGUGUGGGAGCGCCUUGAUUCUGAGCGAGUGUGGGAUGACGCAAAGCGAAAGCAAUUCUUGGCUAUGCUGCUGGCGGUGACCAUGUCGUUUGUCCCUCCCUUCGAUGAUGAUCCGGAUCCGGAUUGGGCCUACACUGAGGAUGCUGACGCGCAAUUCGAUGAUGAUCCGGAUCCGGAUUGGGCUGACGCUGAGGAUGCUGACGCGCAAUCGUCCGAAUAUUGGAGCGACGAGGAGGAGGACGAGACAGCGGAGGUGACCAAGUGUUUGGGCAACUUCCACGAGGGAUACAUGCAUUUGUCAGAAUCAGAAUCGGAUCAACUGGAACCUAAUGACGAAAACAAAAUGCGAGCCGUGGCCAACUGGCUUGCGGACUAUUCCGGCGCGCGAAGGACACUCGUAUCUUCGCGCGACGCAUUCUUGCAAAGUGGCAGAGAUCUGGAUCCAGAUGAUAAUUCGGAAAUCAUGGGGAAUUGA